AUGUCUGACACUCCGGGGAAGGGUUUCUUUACCGUCCCUGCUCCAAUUAAGCGCCUUUUUGACAAAUUCCCAUUGACCACCUAUCCCGCAAACGAGAUCCCUCAGCGCUCCCAGUCCAAUGACACCGCCAACCAGCUAUUUGUCUUUACCAAUGCGCGUGGAGCACGACAGGGCCGACCCUCCUUCAACCCUCAAUGUCUGAAGUGGCAGGCAUACUUGAAGUUCGUCGGAAUCGACUUCGAGGUCACCUCCUCUAACAAUCACGCAUCUCCCACUGGCGCCCUGCCCUUCCUCAUUCCCUCCCUUCCUACAGAUGUCUCCAACCCAAUCCCGUCGCACAGUCUCCAAAAAUGGGCUAUUGAGCAAGUCCACUGCGAGGAGGAACAACAACUGAAUCUGCGUUUCGAAGUGUACGCCUCGCUUCUGGACCACCGGAUACGUAAUGCUUGGCUAUACAUGCUCUACCUUGAUAGCGAGAACUUUGACGCCGUUGCGCGCCGACUUUACGUGAACCCCGCAACAUCGAAUGCGCUUGUCCGCGCCACUCUCAGUCACCAACUCCAACAGGCUGCUCGCGACGAACUUCUAAAGACUUCCCGAUAUAUUGAUGCCGCCGACCUAGAGGGCGAUGCGGGUGGCGCAUUCGAGGCGCUAUCCACCCUGCUCGGCGAAGACGAGCACUUCUUCGGUCGACCAAACCCUGGCCUUUUCGACGCCAGCGUUUUCGCAUACACACAACUGAUCCUGGACGACUCCAUGGGUUGGAAGCGAAACCGACUGGGACAAUUGCUCAAAGAGCAUCCCAACCUUGUACAACACCGUGACAGACUACUCAAGUUCUUCUGA